UAAUACUCGUUUAAUCACUCACCGCUAUCACAGCUUCCGUUAUAAGCGUUAAAAUAAUUAAUCAUAUGCACAUCUGUGAUCGUAUUAUCUAAUAAUUGACUUGUAUUAAAUACUCGUGCGAAUGUGAGUCUUCGUAUUUGAUCGAUUCUUUAACGUCAUUUCAAAUGUUUUAAUAGUUUUGUUAUUGUUAUUUCGUUAACGACAAUUGAAGUGUCUUCUUCUUCCAACAUAUUAUGCUAAUAUGCUGAGGUAUACUUUAAAGUCUGGUGUUACGCUAUCCAAACUGUCAUCUAAUACACCUCUUAGCCUCUGGUAUUUUUUAAACGACUACAUUAUAUAAUAAUCACUGGCGGAUAGACCAACUGCUUGUUAUCUUAAAAAUAAUUUAAUUGAAGAGCUAUAAUAUUUUAUAUUAUCGAUAUAAAUCAUGAUGGACGAUUUGAUUUCUAUGCUAUCAAACUCCAAGGGAUCUAAAGGAGAACUUCGGAGAUCCAGUUAUACAGCAGUGUAUAUGAACACUGUAACUGGAAAAUCCUCGAGACGACAAAGUUAUAGUACAAACAGACGUAAGAGUUUGGAUCCUGCAGCUGUUUUGGGGCGGAGCAUUUUAAAUGGCAGUCUUGUUGAUCCACGGACGAGAAAUUUCAGUUUAAUAUCUUUAAUGUUGAUUGGUGUUGCCGCACUAGUAUUGGGUACACUCAUAGCCUUAUACGAUCCACAUGCGAUGAUCCUUAAAUGGAAACUUGUUUUUGCCGAUGGUGACGAAGCAUUUGAGAUGUGGAAGACUCCCGAUGCGCCUUUGUAUCUUAGAGUAUAUAUAUUUAAUAUAACAAAUCACGAAGAGUUUUUGGCCGGAAAAGAGAAGUUAAGAUUUAAAGAAGUUGGCCCAUAUGUCUAUAGGGAAAAUAUGGCUCACAAAAAUCCAAUCUUUAAUAGUAAUGGCACAAUAACGGUAACGCCAGUACAUCCUUUGACUUGGAUUCCUGAACUAAACACAGGCAAAGAAGAUGAUGUCCUCAUAUUACCAAAUAUUGCUCUACUGAGUUUAGCUAAUGUAAUGUCCGAUGCCUCGAUAAUAACCAGAAUGGGUGUAAACAUGUUGAUCCAUCAAACUAAUUCCCAGCCGUUUGUGAAACAAACUGCUAAAGAAUUUAUGUUUGGAUACGAGAGUCCAUUAGUUACUCUGGGUAACAAAUUUAUGCCAUCGUGGAUAUCAUUUGAUAAAUUGGGACUCAUCGAUAGGAUGUACGAAUUCACUGGCGAUACUGCAACAUUUUAUUCUGGCCGUGACGAUGUUGCCAAAUCUGGUCUCAUAGAAAACUACAACACGAAGCCUUAUUUACCUCAAUGGCCAAUGCAUUGUGGCGCUGUGUCUGGCGCUUCCGACGGUACGAAAUUCCCGUCGUUGAUGAAACCAGAUUCGCCGGCGUCUUUCUUCAGAAAAUCAUUAUGCAGAUCUAUACCGAUGGUACGAGUUUCUAAUUUGACGUACCACGACGGCUUACCGAUCUAUAAAUAUAUUUUUAAAAACGGUUCUUUGGACAAUGGACAUGAUAAUCCGGAAAACAAAUGUUUUUGCCGAAAAAAUAAAUGUCUACCAUCUGGUGUUAUAGACGUAACUGAAUGUUAUUAUGGUUUCCCAAUUGCUCUUUCUUAUCCUCAUUUUCUCCAAUCUGAUCCAGCCUUGUUGGAAGCGAUAGAUGGUUUAAAACCUGACAAGGAGGUACACGAAACAUAUUUCCUCAUCAAUCCAUUGACCGGUUUACCCACGCAAUUAUACGUUAAAAUGCAAAUCAAUUUGGCUUUUGGAGACCUGUCAUCAAUGGCCAACGUGGAAAUGUGCAGUAACUUAAUACUUCCAUUAGUGUGGACAGAAAUCGGUUUCGACAAAUUACCCGACAAUAUGCUACUCAAGUUCUUCAUUUAUCUACGCGUGGGGCCCAUUGUGUUUGACGUGCUCGAGUACGGUCUGUUGAUUGGCGGCGUGGCUUUCAUUGCCUUCGCCGUUUUCGCUUCGUUGUUCAUUCCUGAAGAAGACGACCUCGCGAAGUAUGCGCAAGAGGCAGCGUGGCGCCGAAAGAGCGAAACGCUAACCGGAGUCAUCACACAACACAGUGGGGAAACGACAGUGACCAGGAGAGCGUCGGCCGGAAACGCAAUGAAGGAAAUGAACACUUACUACAACUCGCUGUUGGAUCCGGAAGAAACCCAAAAACUGAACUCUUCCCUGUGCCAACGAUUGGACGUGGUCAGGGAAACGGCGAUGACCAACGGCGGUUGCACGGAUUUGGAGAGCGAAGAAGAUUGAAGCCAAUUGAUAAACGAAAAAAACAUCAUAAUAGUGAGAAGGAUAAAAUCAAAAAGUUUUUUAGACUUUUUUUGUCGACGCACUUUUUAUUCGUUUAUUUAUUUUUGACUUAACGGUUUGAUAUUUGUGCCGUGUCCCGAUUGUCCUGAAUCGUCACACCAGCCAUUCCUGACUAUUUGACAUAAUGUCAAUAUUAUACUAAUCCAUAUUGUGAUACAACUAUUUUAUACGCAUAUUGCUCCUAGACUUUUAUUUUUUCAUGUUAUUUAUUAGCCGAUUUUAACGUAGGCCGCUAAAUACUUAUUGUUUUAUUUUAUUGAUAAAUUUAUGUUGUAUUUAUACGUAUGAUUAAUUGAAUAUGUAUUCGAAUAUCGACCGUAUUUAUAUGCAAAUUUUAUUUAUUUUUUUAGUUAUUUAUCUCUCGUGUUUUUUACUAUUUUAUGAUCAUUGCAAUAUUUUUGUACGUGUAUCGUUUAGUAGAUGUAUUUCACUUGUAUAAAAAUUUAAGAAAACCUAAAUGUUUUUCUAUUUACAUACAAAAGAAUAUUACGUAGAUAUAAUCUAAUGUUAUUGUUCGAAUCUAUAUUUAUUAUCUAUAUUAGUUACCUUUGUGCCUGAUAAUAAUUACUUAGACCUUAAUUUGUCUCUAGAAGGCUGUUCUAUAGUUUUUAAGUUUUGCAUAUUAUAAAUAUAUUUUAAUAAUAAUUGUUUUUUAGAAGAUCAAAAAAUUACAAUUACAAUUUUUUAUAAUAAAUUAAAACUCAAUUUUUUCCUUUAAAUUGUUCAAUUUUAUUUAUUAGAGAAUUCAUAAAAUA